GCGCUGAUUCGUCUUUUGUUGUAAUCAUCCACGUAAUAUAUUCAACCUGUGAUCGCUAAAUGUCAAAUUUGCAUGCAACUUCAUAAUACUACACACAUACUAAAAUGUGUAUAUUAAAAUUAUAAAAUGAAAGAUAAUAUGUGUCGAUUUUCUUUUUCUGCCUUUUCCAAAAGUGUUAAAUUUAAUUUUUUUUAAACAUCGGUGUGAUAAAAAGCGUGACUGUUUACAAACUUAUUUAUAUAAAAACAGCGUUUCAUAUAGCGUCUGUGGUAAACAAAAAAUUGGCUACCGUAUCGGGUGCUUUUAACGGUUUUUAAAUUGCAAUUCAUUAUGCAAUUUGUUGGUGCGACUGUCAUCGCAGAAACUGGAGCACGCGACAUUUAGCGUUUAUAAUUUCCAACUAUAAAAUGAUCGACAAUAGAGUUUGGAGAGCUUUAAGUCGUGCCUGCUUCAUUGGAAUCGUGAUAUCAUCAUGUGGACUGGCUCAAGCAAAAGUUGCUCACAAAAUACACUGCACAGAGAACCAGAUGCAAGUGGAAAUACAAAUACCUGAAGCAAACAAAGAGGAUUCAGGCAAGCACCCGCAAAUAUACUUGGAAGGCCUGAAAGAUUACCCAAACGAACGUUGUCAGCCCCAAAUUAGUGAGUUGCAGGCUGUGUUUCGGCUUUCCCUUACUGACUUUUACGAAUGCGGAGUCACACGGAUGGUUAAUCAGUUGACGGGCAAAAAAGUAUACUAUCACAAGAUACUGAUAGAAUCCGCAGAGGGCAAAGAAGUAGUAAGUGUGAAAUGCAUCACAACAGAGCCAUUUUACAAUGUGCUUAUGCUGAAUGCUACCAAACAUCAUGGAGUUAUGAGACGCGACGUUCUACCGGCUGGGUUCCAAGAGCCAGAGGACUUGGAGAUUACAACAUCUCUUACCGAGCGCGCACCCGAACCGCGACUAUCGAUAGGUGUUAAUCAGAAUGGCAAAAAGGUUACUGGCGAUCUAACCGUUACACCUGGCACCCCAUUGACGAUGGAAAUAAAUUUGGACCGCGAUUCAGCGCAGGUUUAUGGCUUGGGUGUGAAUUAUCUAGAGGUGACCGAUACUCGCCAACUCUCUGAAACAAUUGUAUUUAAAGGUUGCACGGUGGAUCCAUAUCUAUUCGAAAACUUUAAUACCAUCAACGGUGACACCUUGUCAGCCAAAUUCAAAGCGUUUAAGUUCCCUGACUCAUCAUACGUUCAGUUCCGUGCCACAGUCAAUGUAUGCCUUGACAAAUGUCUUGGAACUCAGUGCUCGAACGGACAAAUCGGUUAUGGACGCAGAAGGCGCGAUACAACUGAGGUUUUAGCUCAAGGCUUGAUGGAUAUAAACAAGGUCUAUGAAAUAUCACUGGCUAUGUUCAUAAAAAUCAACGACAUUGAAGGUGUCAAUCAUAAUGAAGUACUGCAAUUAGAGGAGAAGCUGAGGGAAUUAAAAUUGGCCAAUCAGCGAUUAGCGCGUAAUAGCCGCGUUAACUUCGGUGAGUCGCUAAAGGGCUUCGAUCAACCCCUAAUGUCCGUGCCUGCCUUUGUGGUCGAUGAGAGGGAACUUAGUCAAGCCCAACGCAGCGUCAGUAAUGCUGCUUCGUGCAGAUCAUUGGUAUGGGCACCUCUGGUCUUUGGAAUUUGGGUACUUGUUUCUAAAUGUAUGUAAAAAACGAUUACGCCACCCAACCCAAACACAAUUACUUGUUUAUUAAAAACUCGAUAAGCUUUGAAAACUCUAUCCAUAAUAAAAUAUAUAAGUAGUACAUACAUAUGUAUGUGCUUAAUAUAAAUAGAAAAGAAAGUCGGGCGGAAACAAAGUGGGAUAUCUGAUGUAAAUAUGCAACAGGAAUAAAAAAAGAAAUCAGGUACAUCAGAACAGAGGGGUGUACAUACAUAUGUAUGUACGCAGGUGUGUCUAAUAUCAUAUGGCGUACAUACAUACUCAUGUAUGCAGUCGUGUGUAAUUAUUACAGUUAGAAAUAACAUAUAAACUGCCAUCAUUAACAGUUAUUUACCACGAAUAUUCCGAAAGAAUAUUAUAAAAGCAAUAAAUUAUAAUAAAAAGAUACUAAAUGUAAUCAAAUAGUUUCUGGCAGCUGAAAACUACAACUUAUUUCAAACAUACAUACAUAUAAGUAUAUGUAUAUCGGUUAAAAUUUUGGAAUUCUAAUUCUAAGGUCCAAGUAAAAUUUAGUCGCACUUCUUUUAAAAAUCAUGCUCUUAUCGAUAAAGAAGUGGCAGCAGUUUUGUACUGCUCAAAUAUUAUCUUCUAACGAGUAAGUCACUACUAGUCUACUAAGAUAAAAGUUGUAUGUAAGUUAAUUGAAUAUUAAUAUGUAAUAAUAAAGAAAUAUAAUAUAAAUACUAACUAGCAGUUAGUCAGCAUUUA